CUUUAAAUAGGUGAAUAUUGGUCCUGUUGCAACUUUUCGAAUGAUGAAGGAAAUUGUUGGAGGAUAUGAUAACAUCGGUGCAUCUAAGCAAGAUUUCAAAAAAUUUCAUAGAGAUUUGAAAGCAUACAUUCAAGGAAGUGAUGCUCAAAUGUUCGUGGAUAACUUUACCAACAAAAAGCUAAUGUGGAGCGCUUUUUUCUUUGAUUUUGAGAUGGAUGAAGAUUAUUGCCUUUGUAGAGCAUUAUGGGCUGACCCCCUUUGUAAAAAGAGUUACGCUCUUUUUGGUGAUAUGGUAUCCUUUGAUACCACAUACCAAACCAAUAGGUACAACAUGGUGUUUACUCCAUUUACAGGGGUUGACCAUCAUAAGAGCUGCAUUACUUUUGCUGCUGGUUUCAUAACAAAGGAAGAUAUAGUGUCAUUUGAGUGGUUGUUCAGAUCAUUUCUCAAAGAAAUGGGUGGAAAUGAACCGAAUUGUAUGAUUACAGAUCAAGAUCCAGCAAUGAAAAUUUCUGUUAAAAGUGUGUUUAACAAGACUGAACAUCGGUUCUGUAUGUGGCACAUAAUGAAAAAGUUACCAGAUAAGGUGGAGAAAUCAAUCAUGCAAGAAGAAACUGGUUUCCUAAAAAAAUUAUGUGCUUGUGUUUGGCAUCUUGAAAUUGAACCUGCUGAGUUUGAAGAAAGGUGGAACAAGGUGAUGGUUGAAUACCACUUGGAAGAACAUGAGUGGUUAGGUUAUAUGUACAAGAUAAGGAACAAGUGGAUUCCGGCGUAUUUCAGAGAUGUGUUCCUUGGAGGAAUAAUGCGUACAACAUCAAGAUCCGAAAGCGAAAACAACUUUUUUAGCUCCUUUAUCAAUCCUCAUGUGUCACUUGUUGAGUUUUACUUGAGAUAUGAAGCUGCAAUUGAUGCCCAGAGACACACUCAAGGUCAGAAUGAUAAUGAUUCAAAGCACAAAUAUCCUGAGUGCAAAACACCACUAGGGAUAGAAAAGCAUGAAUUUCAAUAUGAGAAAGAAAAUGGAUUGGAAGUUGCAAAAGUAAGUGAAGGAAAUCGGAUUAGAACAUUUGAUGUUGUGUUUAAUCCAACUAACUAUGACACCACAUGUUCUUGCAAGUUGUUUUAUAGACAAGGUAUUCCAUGUAGACAUAUGAUUUGGGUUUGGAAAGCAAAAAGGUUUGAAACCAUUCCUGAGCAGUAUAUGCUACACAGAUGGACUACUAUGGCACUAAAAAAACCAAUUUUUGACUUGCGUGGAAACCUGUUGGAGCAAUGUGCUAAUUUAAUUGACAAGAAAAAAUUGUUAAAUGACUUAUGGUCAGAGAUACACACUUGUGUAAGUUUGGCAGAAGGAAAUGAUGAAGAUAUUCAAGAUCUUGUGAUAAAUCUUCAAGGAAUAAGAAAGGAUUUGGAAGCUAAGAGGAUUGCAAGAAAUAAUGAAACAACAGGAAGUGCAAACAACAAAGCACAAGACAUUGAGCUAUUGAUUGGAGCUAGUGUGCCAACUGAAAUAAUUGUCAAACCUCCAAAAAUUUCAAAGAAUAAAGGGACUGGAGUUCAUGUAUCAAAUGAAGAGACUUCAAAAGAGAAAGGGGCUGGGAUUGAUGUGCCAAAUGUUGAAACAAGAGGUAGAAGUGCAAAAAGGCUGAAGGGAGAGAAAGAAAAGUGUGUGUGA